GAAUUUGACCCCCUGCGGGACGGGCCCCUUCGCUACCUUGGGUACAGCAAUGAGUGCGGGGAGGCGUUUGCCGCAUGGCUACCGUUCUGGGGUGUGCCCUUCUCGUAUGGGAUUGCCAUCAGCUAUGUGCUGGUGGACACUGCCGACAAGGGCCUGAAGGCCUACAAGGAGGCGCGCACAGAGCUGGAUGCCAAUGCUGCGCUGCACACUGAGCGGUCAAUGGACACUGUGGUAUGGCAGCUGCUGGCUUCUGUCAUCUGCCCCGGCUACACCAUUCACACCGUUGUCGCUCUUGCGCAUGCCGGCCUGAUACCUCUUGAGGUGAGCUGCACUACGCAGCAAGCCGCUGCUUGCAUGACAUCUUUUGUUGACUGUCUUGUUCCUGAUGUGUCCAUGUGUGGCGUUGCAGCGAUCCCAUUUAUCGUGCACCCCAUCGACAACGCAAUCCACGCACUCAUGAACAUCACACUGCGGCCAGCCAUGCGCAAGUACAUCUGCGGCCCAGGGCAAGGCUGCCUGGCCGACCUGGAGAUGUGCAAUGACUGCCAGCUGCCUUCAAAGUCCGCCUCCUCAAGCAACGGCAGCCAGCCCUAA